AAAUGCUGCUCUGACUCUAGUCAAGUUGACUGUGAGAAAAACCUGAAGCCAUUCGCGCCCUCGUUGCCAUUUCUCUCUGCAAAGCAACCCAGUCGGCCACAAUUAUGUGCGAAGAAGUCAAUCCAAUGGGCUAGGGUCAUUGGCGCUGUGGCUGUCUUGGCACCCAGCCCCAGACUGGCUUUAUCUUUGUCCUGCCUAUCAACCCCAGCUUUUAUGCAUGAACCAUCACCUAUCACAAUGAUCAGCUUUAAUUCUGCGGUGUAG